AUGUCUGCGUCGACGCAGAGAGCCAUGAACCUUUUCCAGGUUUAUCUUCGACUGAGACCUACGCGACACAAUGGAGCUGCCGCUGAGGACCGGUUUUUGACAGUGGAGACGCCAGACGACGAUGAUGCCACACUGAAGCACAUUACGCUGAACCCGCCAAAUGAUCGACGGCGGGCUAUCGAAAAGUUCGCCUUCACGCAGGUCUUUGAGGAAGAUGCGACCCAACUCGACAUCUUCCACUGCACAGGCGUGGCGGACUUGGUCAAGGGAGUGCUAGCACCGUGCGGUGGAGAGGGGACAGAUGCCUUGCUUGCAACGCUCGGCGUCACAGGCUCGGGCAAGACACACACAAUCCUGGGUUCACGGUCCCAGCGUGGCCUCACCCAGCUCGCCCUCGACGUUGUGUUCAGAUCGCUCGGCGACAACCUCCUCAACUGCGACGCCGACCCAACCCUAGAGAAGUCGAUCGUCGCGUCCGACCCAUCCGAAGCUGCCAUUUUCUCUGCAUCCACCUUCCUCGACAAUGUCUAUGCUGACGCGUCCGCGCCGUUUCGAGCCAGUGCAAGGGCGCCAGCCCCCGGGAUGGUAGGGCAUUCCCCACGUUCUACCCAGUUACAGCCCGAUGAAAAGAAUCAGUACAGCCCCAGUGGGCCAGAGCUCGCAUCUCUCAAUAUGGGCGUGCGCAUAGUCAGUCGGGAAGACUCUGCGCCACCUCCCACGCCGCCUUCAUACCAAUACAAGAACAACCAUACAAGCCGUAGCCGUGGCGCUGCUUCUCCCCAUAGCGUCGCUCGCGGCUACGGACCUCGUACUCCUCAACGCCAGCAAGUGCUGAAGUCGGAGCAACAUCUCAAGCAUUUUAUGGCUCCGACGGCAUCUAUCCGUUUGAAGAAAGGCACUAAAGGUCCCCUCCAUCCACAGGGCGAUUCUCACGGGCCGGGACAAACACCGUCGCGCCGGCUGCAGCGCCCUUCGGCCUUCCCACAGCAGCCCGAUGUCAGCGCCCUGUCCGUGUCGUGCGAUCCGUUGUCCGAAUACGCGGUCCUUAUCUCCAUGUAUGAGGUGUAUAACGACCGAAUCUUCGACCUCCUCACGCCACCGAUCAAAUCGACGGCGACAAAGGAGUACCGCCGACGCCCCUUGCUGUUCAAGUCAACCGAGGCGUCCCCCGACCGGAAAGUGGUGGCCGGGCUGCGGAAGGUGAUCUGCGGGAACCUGCACCAGGCCCUGAUGGUGCUCGAGGCGGGCUUGCACGAGCGGAGAGUGGCUGGGACUGGUAGCAACAGCGUGAGCUCGCGCAGCCAUGGGUUCUUUUGUGUGGAAGUCAGGAAGCGGACUAAGGGUAGCCGACGGCACGGAGGCGAAGUGCCAUGGGGUGGGAGCGCUCUCACCAUCGUCGACCUUGCCGGGAGCGAGAGAGCGAGGGAUGCGAAGACGGCGGGCGCGACGUUGGCCGAGGCUGGCAAGAUCAACGAGAGCUUGAUGUACCUCGGGCAAUGCCUGCAGAUGCAAAGCGAUGCGGCAAGCAAGGACAAGCCCAACCUGGUCCCCUUCCGGCAGUGCAAGCUGACAGAGCUCCUCUUCUCCAACUGCUACCCGUCCGCAUCCGCAAUCUCGUCUGGCAGACACCGCAACCCACAGAAGGCGGUCAUGAUCGUCACGGCGGAUCCUCAUGGCGACUUCAACGCGACGUCCCAGAUCCUGCGCUACAGCGCCCUCGCCCGAGAAGUCACCGUCCCCCGCAUGCCCAGCAUCACCCAGACCAUCCUCGAGGCACAAGCCCAACGCCCACAACAACAACAGUGCUCGAGCCCGCUCGCCUUCUCGCCCGUAGAAACACGACCGUUCUCGCCGCCAGGCUACCCACAACUGCUGUCCUCGCCCACCAUCCUGCGCAACACGUCGCCCAUGUCCGACGCGAAUCGCACCACCAUGGAAGCUGCCGCGCUCGAGAUCGCCCGCCUCUCCGACGACGUCGAGUACCUCCGGCGGGCGCUCGAGGCAGAGCGUACCGCCCGCCAGGAAGCCGAGUCGCACCUCCUCUCGAUGGAAGACCGCAUGAUCGAGCUGGAGCAGGCCAUCCGCGAGGACUGCACGACCGAGUUCGAGCGGCGGCUCGAGAUCGAGAUGGCGCGCUGGCGCGCCACGAUGCAGGUGGAGAUGGAGCGCGGCGAGGAGCACUGGGGCCGGAAGAUCGAGGUGUUUGAGCGGAGCAUGGGCGUCCGUAUUGGCGGAGACUACGAUGAUGAUGAUGAUGGGGGUGAUUUUGAAGAGGAGGAGGACGGCAAUAAAGAGAAUGUCUUGGUCGAGGACGCCAGCCAGGAGUGUGAGCGGCUGCGACACGAGAAUGAGAUGCUGCGCCGCGAGCUGGCUGCCAUGAGUCCCACCAAGCGGAUGCCCCUUCAGGAACGCGGCAGCGAUGCCAGUCUGGCGGUGCGGAGCAGGCCGAUGGCUGGAACGGGGAGUCCGCGGGCUCCUGUUCGUACGGCUGCUGCCCGGGGUGGUGGCGGUGGUGGGGAUGAUGAGGGCAAUAGCCUGCGUCUGCGGCUGGCAAAGCUGCGUCUUAGUGAUGACCAGGCUUCGGCGCGCAGCUCGACGGGGAGUGGCAGCCCCAAGAAGGUGCGGCGGCUGCCGGUGAAGCGGUGGAAUGCGGUCGGCGAGGAUGACGAUCUGUUUUGA